AUGGCAGAAAAUCAGGCGGACGACGAUUUCGACGCUGGGGAAUCCCAUGAAAUUCUUGACGAGCCUUGUGAGAACGAUUUUGCGAAUGCUCUUCUGACUAUAAACAGCACAAUUCUGACCACGGGCGAAUCGCUCAAACGACUACAUGAGCAACAGGACAAGUUGCUAAACUCGGCAGAAUCUGCCGGAAAAGCCAAAUUGGCCAAUGUUCGACAGUCUGAAUCAGACACAAAUGACGCCUCUGACUCAGAGGAGUUACUAGACACUACAGAAAGCGACAAAGCAGCCACCGAAGCUGCUCAAAGCGAGGAAAACAACGCCUUACUAGACGAGAUUGAACACUCACUCAACGAAGACAAAAAAACUGAAAAUCCCGUCUCAGCGAAACUAGCGAACAUUGCCAACAAACGUUGGCUCCAAAAGCUUGGUGAUGAACAACUUAAAAAGAGAAACUUGAAAAAUAUCACCGCCCUGCAAACUGCGAGAAACUCGCCGUGA